GUCAUCCUUGUCUGCUCACUCUCAUUCUUCUCCAGAGGGGUCAACAAAGUCCCCUGUGUAUUGUGGGGAAUUUCAGAGGUAUUGUUCUUAGUGUGGGCGAGGUAUUUGUACAACAGAUGCCUUUCUUUGGUGGGAAAGAGUAAAGUUCCUUUUAGUCUGGUAAUGUUUAACAGACUGGUCGAUAAAGCUCCAAACCAAACAUGAGGAGAUACCAGCAUCGUCGAGACUGUUACUUACAAAGCCAGUAGUGCAGCACCUGGACAUUCUUUGAGAAAUCACACUCUGAAUCUACAACGUCUGCAUCGGCAAUGGCUUGACCGUUCCAUGGCAACGAUGGACAAUCUCAUGAUUUUGCUUUUGACAUGCAUGACUCAAGUGGAGCUUGUAAUGCACCUCGAACCCAGAACACUAACGGUUCUACGGGGGAACCAGGCCAAGUUCACCUGCAGCACUAACGAGGACUGGGCGGUCAUGUUGUGGUCCGUUGACGAUGCCACCGUGUUGACCAUCUCUGCUGAGCACGGCAUCCUGUCCAAAAACCCCAACGUGACUGCAGAGGAUCACUCUGGGGGAGGCACGUCCAGGUGGGAGAUGGUUCUGGAGAGAUCCGAGCGCAACCACCAGGCGCUGACCUGUGAGCUCCAGAAAAUCGGGAAAAAAGCAGCCACUCUGUCUGUACAAGAGAGGGGCACCAUUGGCAUCACGGGGGGCAACGUGUCGGCGGUGUGGGGGCAGCGGGUAGUCUUCGAGUGCCAGGCUACCGGUUGGUACCCCGAGCCCAGCCUGACAUGGCAGGUGAACAGCAGGAAGGUGGAUGACGGUCAGUACAACGUUAGCGCUGGAGUUGCAGCCGAUGGGCUCUACAACCGGACCAGUGCCCUCGGCAUGCAGGCGCUGGAGUCGUCUCACGUGGAGUGUCUGGCGUCUGUGUCGGCCCUUCCAACUCCCCUGGCCAGCCGUGUCCGCUUGACUGUUUUUGCGGAAGUGCUUGUGGAAGACAAGGACCGCACGGCCCUCAUUGCAGUAGCGAUCUCAUCGUCCGCCAUGCUCCUGCUCCUGCUCCUCAGCCUCUGCAUUGUCCUCUGUUACAGAGCGAAGUCGGGUCAAGCUGAGGCAGCAAGGAUGGACGAAUCAGAGAGCAGCAGGAGCUCGGCUGCUGAGGUGACAGGGGGCAAGAUCAACCCGGGAUACGCUGCAGAGGUCCUCACAGACAUCGGCCAGCAUGACCUUCACUUGGAUGCUCACAGCCCAACGGACUUUCAGUCUGGCACUCACAAGGUCCCUGAUGUCGCGUCCUCCAAUGCCUUCUCAGAGCACAGUCCCGGUUUGGCCCACGUUGGUUCGGAGGGAGAGGAGUCAAAGAGCAUCAGAAGAGUCACCAUGGUGUGAAUGUAGAGUUAAGAGAUGGUUAUGGUUGAGCUGGAUCGUACCAUGUUAAUCCUUUUUCAUCAUUAUCUUUGUCAAGAAGAUAUGUCUGGCCAUGUUUUAUCCUUUUUUGAAAUUUGUUGUUGAUUAAUGUAAAGUGACUAUGUACAAUAUAUUUAACACUUUAAAUCAGAAAUGUUUUUCUUAUGAAUUUCUGUUAAUCAGUAACCUCUUUACACAAUUUUUGUAUUUCAACAGCAACAAUAUCUUUUUUUACAUUCAUAUGCACUGAUAUUGUAUACUCAAAUCUGCAACCACUGUUUGACAUAUUCUACGGAAAGUUAUAUUACACAUUUUGGAAAAAGGCAAUCAUCGGUUUCUGUACAUGGAAACAUGGAAUUAAGAAACCCAAUAUAUUUAAACCCAUUGACUCAUGCGAUCAUUGUUGACGUGGAUAUGUAAGACAAUCGCUGUUUUAAUCCUCUUGUUAGCAGUUACGCACAUGCUUAACUCACCGUCAUAAUGGUUGGCUUGAUUUCAUUUUGUGGAAUCUGACAUUCAGACUAUUGAGAGGGACAAAGCAGGUGACAUUUUCCAGGUGUGUGUUGCCUGUGGUAGACUCCCAACACUUAAGGUGAUAUCAUUCUGUAAAAGAGAUAUAGUACAUCAAAGUUGUCGGCAAAAAUCCCUUUGACUGUACAUUUCUUGCUCGACUCUGUCUACAACACUGCAAUAACGUCAUUUGUUUAUCACUCCCUAUUAUGAGAGGAUUUCUUCCAUAACGUCAUGAAUUAAUCAUGGGAACAUCAAUAAUGUAUAAUAUUAUGUUCUACAAAGAUCCCCAAGGGAAAUACAACAGAAAAUGACAGGAGCCAUCUUUGCCUACUCAGACAUGGACUUCAGAAGGUACCUUUGAUGUCUCUAUUAAACAUGAUUUGACCAUAAGGAUACCAUGGGACUGAUAAGGUAAAUGCAACACUUUCAUGCUGGCUCAAGGCCCUAAAGUUCAAAAAUUCCCAGUCAGUCGUUAUGCUGUUCAUAUCAGUCUUUCUGAGCUCAAAUUCAACAUUAAAGCCAAGCACAGGAGUAACCACACGCCUUGGCAGCCCCAGUUCAGCUAACGUUCCACAGCAGGGACGAGAAUCAUUAACGUUUAAUCUAGGCAAGGUUUUUCCCCAACAAUACCUUUUUUUUGGGUCCCCUCUCUGCUUCAUAGGUCCCUCUAUAUGAUAAUGCAAAAGGCGAGUGUCUCAACCCCUAAUUCUUGAUCCUCAUCUUAAAUAAUUUUCUUACCUGGGUGAGACAAUGGCUUCGACAGCCACCAAAUCCUGGGAAGGAUGUCAACAGUGUACAGUACGACCUACAUCUGGUGACAUUUAAUGUUGCUUGGCAAUGCAUCUGUGAUAUAGCUACAUUCUUGUCCCAGAAUGUACAGAUGAAGGUCGUUUGAAGGACAGUGAUGAGUACAUUACUGUAUGUCCACCCAUAGCACCACAGCAGAAUUUCUGAAGGAAAACUAGCAUUUCUGUUAAGAAAUCGAAACAUGCCUGAUAUCAAUUUCAGGGCUAGUUUAGCACCUGAUUGGCUAAAUCCUUUCAUAGCUAGUUUUGAGGAACGCAAUCAGUG